AUGUACAUCACCCUCUACUACCUAGUCACCCGGCUCCCUGACUCCCUUCGUUCGGUCAGGGACCACUUCCUCUCUGUUUGCCCCACCACACUCACCGUUGACCUCCUCGAGGAGCGCCUCCUGGAAGCUGAGAAGAGUAUAGUCGCUGUAGGAGCCUCUCGUGGUGACCCUCGUGCCCCCUUCUUUGAGGGGUGCUCCCCCUCCCCCCUUUUGCCCUCUGUUGCCUCUGCUACUGCCGUCGACUUCGUUGGCACCGAGUCGGUCGGCGCUGCGUCUGCCCCUAGCGGGAGACGCCGCACCGGCAAGGGCAAGGGGGGCAAGGGCGCUGGAGGAGCUGGCGGGGGUGGUGGAGGUGGCGGUGGAGGCGGCGGAGGGAGUGGGGGUGGCGGUGGGAGUGGUGGCGGGGGUGGGGGCUUCGGUGGCGGCGGUGGAGGCGGCGGCGGCGGCGGCGGUGGCGGUGGGAGCGGCGGUGGCGGCGGUGGCGGAGGUGGCGGCGGCGGAGGUGGAGCUGGUCGGGGUGGCUCUGCGCAGCGGGGCGGCUUCGGUGGUGGUCAGCGCCAGCAGCAGCAGCGCACUCGUGAGACCCCGCCCCCCCAGCAGCUUCGUGAGUGGUACGCUGCGCGUCAGAGGGGCGGGGGUGCUGGUCCUUGUGCCUACGUCCUGCGUACUGGCGACCGCACUGGUGAGCCGUGCGGUGGCCCGCACACCACCCAGCGCUGCUUCGGCCGCCUGACGGACGCUUGGCAUCUCCAGUUCCCUGACGCCACUGAGAUCCCCCGCUGGGGCGAGCUGCUUAGGUCGGGGGUUGCUAUCUUUGAUCUGGAUUAUGAUGCUAUUCUUGCUGCCAUGUUUGUUGUGUCUACUAGUGAUGAGGGUGACUGUUACCUGUGUGUUCCGCCUGACCCGGGCAUUGAGGCUGCUGCUCUAGGUGCUGGUGAGGCUGCUGCUCUAGGUGCUAGUGCGUCUGCUGCCCCAGGUGCUGGUGAGUCUGCUCUCUCAGGUACCACGUCGGCUCAGGCCUUGCACACUUUCACCCUUGACUCGGGUGCUUCCCGCUCUUUCUUCCGAGACCGCACCACGCUUACGCCGCUUAGUCGGCCGGUUGCGGUCUCCCUGGCGGACCCCUCUGGGGGUCCUGUCCUUGCCCACUUCUCCACUGUCUUACCGUGUCCGGCGGCCCCCCUCUGGCACCCUGUCAGGUCUCUACCUCCCCUCGUUCUCUACGAACUUGGCAUGGCCUCCCGUUACCUUGUCUCUGGUCUUCCCCGGUCCCUCCCUCCCCUCCCUCCGGGGCCUGCCCCUACCUGCGUUCCCUGCGUCGAGGGGCGGCAGUGCGCCGCUCCUCACUCCUCCGAGUUUCCUCCGACAGAGGCUCCGCUGCAGACUCUUCACAUGGACGUGUGGGGCCCCGCCCGCGUCCGUGGCCAGGGUCACGAGCGUUACUUCCUGUUGGUGGUUGACGACUACUCGCGUUACACCACGGUGUUCCCCUUGCGCAGCAAGGGUGACGUCACUGAGGUGUUGAUCGACUGGAUCCGCGCAGCUCGUCUCCAGCUCAGAGAGAGUUUCGGCUCGGACUUUCCUGUUCUGCGUCUGCACUCUGACAGAGGCGGGGAGUUUUCCUCUGGCCUUCUGGGAGCCUUCUGUCGUGCACAGGGCAUCCGCCAGACGUUCACGCUUCCGGCCUCUCCACAGCAAAAUGGGAUUGCUGAGCGCCGCAUUGGCAUGGUCAUGGACGUCACUCGUACGUCCAUGAUCCAUGCGGCUGCUCCCCAUUUUCUGUGGCCGUUUGCGGUUCGGUACGCAGCGCAUCAGAUCAACCUUCAGCCCCGGGUCUCCUUGCCAGAGACCUCCCCCACCUUGCGGUGGACGGGGAAGGUUGGCGAUGCGUCUGCGUUUCGUGUCUGGGGAUCUCGGGCGUUUGUCCGUGACUUGUCUGCGGACAAGCUGUCCCCUCGUGCUGUUCCCUGCGUCUUCCUUGGCUUCCCCCCUGACGCGCGUGGUUGGCAGUUUUUCCACCCCACCUCGCGCCGUGUUCUGUCCUCCCAGGACGUCACCUUUGACGAGUCGGUUCCUUACUACCGUCUCUUCCCCUACCGCACUGCGCCCCUCCCCCCGCCGCCGCCCUUCCUUGCGCCAGGUCCCCCCCCGGUAGACCCUCUCCCCCCUCAGGGUCCUGCCCCGUCAGGUGUGUCCCAGGUAGACGCAAUCGAGCCUAUCGAGGUAGCUGUUGACUCUGGUGCUGCUAGGGGUGCUGAGCCUGCAGGUGCGGGGUCUGGGGGUGCUGAGCCUGGAGGUGCUGAGUCUGGGGGUGCUGAGCCUGGGGGUGCGGAGCCUGGGGGAGCGGAGCCUGGGGGUGCUGAGCCUGGGGGUGCGGAGCCUGGGGGUACUGGGUCUAAUCGUGUGGCCUCUGGCGGUGCUGGGUCUGGGGGUCCUUCGGGUACUUCGUCUCGGCGGGAGCUACCCUCUCCACAGGAGCUGCGCGAGUGGUUUGCCAGGCGCUGGAGCCGUGCUGCUGGUGCUGGAGGUGCUGCUGUUGCUGCUGACCCUGAGGUCGGCGCUGGAGGUGCUGGAGCCACUGGUCCUGGAGGUGCUCGUACUGGCGGUACUGGAGCUGCUGGGACUGGGGGUGCUGCUGAGGCUGCUGGAGUUGGUCCUGCUGGAGCUGCUGCUGGUGCUGCUGGAGGUACUGGAGCUGCUGGUGCUGCUGGGGGUACUGGAGCUGCUGGGGGUGCUGGUGCUGGAGGUACUGCUGGCGCUGGUGCUUCUGAGGGUGUUGGAGUUGGCGCUGCUGGAGCUGGAGGUGCUGCUGGCGCUGGUGCUGUCGCUGGGGGUACUGGUGCUGUCCCUGCUGCUUCAGGAGGCGCUGCGCGGCCGCGGCCGUACUUCGUUCCGCUCCUUGAGCAGGUUCUUGGUCUCUCGCCUUCUACUGGUCCUCCUCCUCCCUUUGAGUGUCCACAGCCUGUCCAGUCGCAGUCACAGUUACAGCCCGCCUCCCCGCUGCCUGCUCCUUCUCCCUACACUGGUCCUACUGGAGGUCUUGCUGAGCGUCGUGCGCCUGCGUCUCGCCCUGCGUCGCCUGUUCGUGCUGCUCGCACUAGUGGUCGUGCUCCGCGUCCGCGUCCUCCUACGGUCCCAGGCACACACCAGAUGGCACUGCGUCCUUCCACUGCUCCUCUGCGUGUCCCGUUGCCGUCUCCUCCAGAGUCCUCUCUUCCUGUUCUUGCUGACCCGGAGUCUGACUCUCUUCGUGCUACCAGUCCUACUGUCACGCGUCUCCUGGCCACUGUUGUCACUGACCCUUCCUUUGAGUCCACUGCUGCGUCUGCCUUAGUUGCUGAGCUUGUCGACUUUGCUGCUCGCUGUCGUCUGGACUACGCCGCUAGUCUCGUUGCUGAGUCUGAGUCUGUCUGUCCUCCUUCCGUCGGGGGUGAGUGUGCUCUUAGCACGGACGUCCUUGAGGACAGGCAGGAGGAGUUCCAGUGUUUUGCUGCUGCUUUGCCUCAUCUCGUGUCCACAUUGAUUGCCCCUGAGGGAGACCUGGAUGCACCAGACAUCCCGACUCCUCGAUCGUACGCUAAGGCGAUCGAGGGUCCCUACUCCUCACAGUGGCAGUCAGCCAUGGACGCAGAGAUGGCCUCCUGGAAGUCCACAGGCACCUACGUCGACGAGGUUCCCCCACCUGGGGCGAACAUCGUCAGUGGCAUGUGGAUUUUCAGGGUGAAGCGACCGCCGGGCUCUCCGCCUGUCUUCAAGGCGCGUUACGUGGCUCGAGGCUUCAGUCAGCAGCAGGGAGUUGACUACUUUCAGACCUUCUCUCCCACCCCGAAGAUGACCACUCUUCGGGUGCUGCUGCACAUAGCCGCUCAGCGUGACUACGAGCUUCACUCUCUUGACUUCAGCACAGCUUUCUUGCAGGGCAGCCUGCACGAGGAGAUCUGGCUGCGUCGCCCACCUGGCUUCACUGGGUCGUUUCCUCCUGGUACCCAGUGGAGCCUCCGGCGGCCAGUCUACGGUCUCCGCCAGGCGCCCCGUGAGUGGCACGACACACUGAGGACUACACUUGCGGCUCUUGGGUUUGCUCCUUCUACUGCCGACCCGUCGCUGUUUCUGCGCACCGACACCUCUUUGCCGCCGUUCUACAUCCUCGUGUACGUGGACGACUUGGUCUUUGCCACUGCUGACACUGCUGGACUCGCCCACGUGAAGUCCGAGCUGCAGAAGAGACACACGUGCACAGACCUGGGUGAACUGCGCAGCUACCUUGGCUUGCAGAUCACCCGGGACAGAGCACAGCGCACCAUUACCCUGACUCAGUCACACAUGGUGCAGCAGGUCCUUCAGCGCUUCGACUUCACGUACUCCUCGCCUCAGGCCACUCCUCUGUCUACUCACCACUCGCUUUCAGCUCUGCCUUCAAAUGAGUCCGUAGAGCCGAGUGGCCCGUACCCAGAGCUUGUUGGCUGCCUCAUGUACCUGAUGACCUGCACACGACCUGACCUUGCAUACCCUCUUAGCAUCCUGGCACGCUAUGUUGCCCCUGGGAGACACCGACCAGAGCACAUGGCUGCAGCGAAGAGGGUGUUGCGCUACUUGUGCAGUACGUCGGGCAUGGGGCUAGUGCUUGGAGGGCGGCGUUCAGUGGUUCUCACAGGUCACGCAGACGCUUCUUGGGCUGACGACCAGGCUACGCAGCGGUCGUCUCAGGGUUACACCUUCAGCCUUGGUUCUGGCUCUGUUUCGUGGCGGUCUAUCCGCUCGUCUUCUGUUCUUGGCUCCAGCUGUGAGGCUGAGAUCUACGCGGGGGCCAUGGCUGCACAGGAGCUACGCUGGCUCACCUACCUGCUGACUGACCUAGGAGAGCCGCCUCGUUCUCCUCCAGUUCUGUACGUAGACAACAAGGCCAUGCUGGCCUUGUGUUGGGAGCACAGACUGGAGCACAGAACGAAGCACAUUGCUCUUCGCUACUUCCUUGCUCGUGAGCUGCAGCAGCGUGGUCAGCUGCGCCUUGCUUACGUGGCCUCUGAGGCCAACACUGCUGAUAUCUUUACUAAGGCACUUCCGCCUUGUGGUCAUCAGCGGUGCUGUACGAUGCUAUGUCUUGUGCCUACUUGGCCUCACUUACUCACUUCUUGA